GUCCGGAACAAAUUGCGAAUCACGGGACGCCAGCUUUGGGCUAGGUAAAAAACCGUUGCAUUUCAAAUCAAAACAAAACUACAGGCAUGCCAUCUAUGCGAGAAUAAUGGAAUUAUCCACCUCUUGAAAAUAGCGCGAAGAUCACAUAGAGAUCAGUGCCGAAGAUACAUAUUGUAUUUAUUCCUUCCACUAAAAACCAAGGAUUGCGGAAUCUACGAAUCAUUAAUAUGGUACAUUUACGAUAAUUACGGUACGUCUACUGACUUGACCAACGUCACGACGCGGCAAAUAAAAGUGCGCUAAAGGAUAUGCGCGAAGGAAUCCUACUAGAAGCCUACAGUCCAACAAUAUUCUGUGCUGUGCAAAGCUACCGUGACAUUGAGACUUGUAUCGACACAAAAAGUUGCAAUCCGCAAGUGGAAGAUUUUUAAAAAGUUGUUUACUGUCGUAACAAUGUCCGAAGAGUACUUGGAAACUAAUCUGCAGAAGAUAUUCGGUCACAACGCAUCCAACAGCGAAAUGCGAAGGCGUGCUGCGGAAGCCGUUUCCGAAAGAAACAUUCGUGACGACGCUCAACAAUCUGAUGAUGAAAGACCCUUAUUGGCUACAAAUCUCAAAGUAAGACCAUUGACAGAGCUUCUUGAAAAAUCUCCUAUGGUGUUUGAGCAACCGAUUUCUGAGAAACCAGAGGAACCAGAGACCAGCUCUGAUUCUGUUCCAGUGAUAGAAAUAUCAUCAGAUUCGGAAGAAUCUGAUGAUGAAAAACAAUCAGCAAAUCCAAUGGUGAAAACGCGCUGCAUGACUAAGUCUCGUAAGACAUCUUCGAAAGCAUGUGAACGAAAGAUACAUCGGCCAAAACUGCAGCCAUUCAAAUACCAGUUCAAAACUGCCUCAGAGAUUGACCAAAAUUUCUCAGCCGCAACUUCAAGUGAGUCAAGUCAAAAAGAUGGUGAAUAUAAGCGAAAAUGUGAUGAAACAUCCGCUACUACGCGAGAGGGGGUCCGUUCAAAGAAGAAAAAAUCAGGUCGUGGCAAUCAAACGUUUUAUGCCAUAGAACCGUAUGAAAUUGAUGACGAAGCUAAUACUAUUCAUGCAAGUGAAACAUGCAGUCGAAGUGACAAUGGAAAGACAUGCGGUUUUAUUGUGUAUGGAGAAUCAUGCAGUUCAACUGACGGCCAAGAUGAUUCAAGUGCCAUCGAGUCUGAGGUUGAGAACGAUGAAGGAUAUCGUAAAAGGAAAAGCCUUAUAAAGAACUUGGUAAAAGAAUGGCAACCGGUCGCUGAUUCAGCUUCAAGUGACAAUGAAGAAACAUGCGGUCCAAAUGACAGUAAAGAAACAUUCAGUUCAAGUGACACUGGAAAAACAUGCGGUUUUAUUGUCUAUGGAGAAUCAUGCAGUUCAACUGACAGCCAAGAUGAUUCAAGUGCCACCGACUCUGAGGUUGAGAACGAUGAAGGAUAUCGUAAAAGGAAAAGCCUUAUAAAGAACUUGGUAAAAGGAAUGCGAUUGGUGUCUGAUUCAACUUCAAGUGACGAUGAAGAUUCAUCAACUAAUGAUGACAGAUACGCAAGGACGUCAGCCAAUCUACUACAAAGAUCUAGGAGAUUGUCUUCUAGAUCGUCUGAGGCUCGCAAGUCUACUCCGCUACUUUGCGUUGGAAAAAAGUCCAAAUCAAGAGCAGAGAUUGCAGCAAAAUUGCUGAUCAGAACAGAAUUGAGGCCUCUUUGCUAUCGCGAAUUUAAUAGAGAGACCUACUUGAAAGUUAGCAGGUGGAUCCGUCAUGAUGUUAGAAAAUAUAAUUGUUACGGUAGAGGACAGAUAGCUCGAAUUGUUGCAGCAUACCUGGACGAUAUGAUUCCACAUUAGCAUCAUCUGUGAACAUCUUCGAACUUGAUACUUGCUAUAUUGGUAUCCAAAUUGUGACUACCCGCAAUUUUUAUACGAGCUCGUACAACUCACUGCAAUAUUCCAUAUCAUGUUUCUUUUUACCUUGUACGUUUGACUGAAAUUCAUCCAUCACUCUAUGUUUUGAUCAAGUCUCAUUUGUUCUUACCGAAUAACUUUAUUUCUUCCAGUAUUCAGUAAUAUAGAUUAUAAGGACCAGUUGAAGAUUUUAAUUUUUCUAGUUUUUGAUAUUCAGUUUUGGAAAAAAGAUUCAUUCCAAUAUUUCUUAGUACCUUCUUUUUCGAUUCAGUUUAUUUAUUCUAGUGCUCAGUGAUAAAGAUUAUAAGCCAAAGUUGAAGAAUUUUAUUUUUUUGUUUGUCAGUAUUCAUUUUUUUUAAUUAGUUCAUCGUUUCAGUGUUCAGUGAUACAGAUUUUAAGGACGAGUUGAAGAUUUUUUAUUUGUUUUAUUUUUCACUCAUUGUUGCUACUCACUCAUGUUCCUCUCAUCUCAAUGAUGCCAGCGACAGAACUUUGUUAGUUGAUGUGCAUUUUUUGCAGUAUGUGAUAUGUAUAAUAACACUGAAAUGUAAAUUAAUAUAAAAUAGCCACCUAGUCAUAGAAAACAUAUUAUGUCUAAACUAUGUUAUUGUCAUAAAGCGUACGUGUGCGAAAUUUAUCGAUGCUAUAAAGUAUUUUAUCUAUGAAA